CGUUGGCACCAUGUGUGCGCCACAUGGGAAAAGCGCGGCGGGCGCUAGGCGCUGUUUGCCGACGGGCGGCGACGCGCCGGGGCGCGGGCCACCCGGUGCCACCUAGCGGCAUCCUCGUGCUGAGCCAAGAUCAGGACUCGCUGGGCGGCGGGUUCUCGGCGCGUGACGCCUUCAGCGGCGACCUCACCAACUUCCACCUGUGGGUGCGGGCGCUGAGCCCCGCGCAGCUGCACCGGGCAAGGGCCUGUGCGCCGCCCCGCGACGGCCUGCUCCUGCGCUGGGACCUGGGCGACCUGGACGUUACGCCCUCGCUGCUGCUGCGCCUUCCCUGUCCCGGUACGGCCCGCCCCCUGGCGGCCGCACGCUCCCUUCUGACCUCAGGACUCCGCCUACCUCUUGCCAACCUGGCCACGCCUGUCAACUUUGCCCUGGCUCGGCCCUCUGCCCACUCCCAAUAGCCUUAGUGGGGUCGCCCCGUAGCCGUCUUGCUCCGCCUCCUGCUGGCGGCAGAGCCCCUCUAGGCUCCCACGUCGCCCCCUAACUCUGGGGCAUGAUUCCUAGUACCCUACCUAGUGCAGGCACUUGCAAGACCCCAACAAGUAAGGGGGUCCUGGGGAACGCUGGGGAGCCAGCAUGCGGCCCUGAUACCUCUCCCACCCUGGCCAGUGCCCUCAGAGGAGUGCCCUUCGUGGGACCCAGGACCCCGCACUGAGGGCUCUUUGCUCUGCCUGCAACCACAUCCCUUGUGGAUUGAGCCCAGAAGCAGCUCCCGUCACAUCUACAGUUUCCCUGGCUACUGGACAGGUAUGCCCUGGCUUUGCCCUAGGCUCUGCUGAAGGGGAAGUUAGUAUGGACCAGUGUAGGUUGAGAGGGAGUGAACAGUUGGCACGAAUUGGGAAUAGAAAAUUUUCUGAGUCUCAGGGCAUCCAUGGAGUCUAGGCCACAGGUCAAUGGAGCCAGACAGACCUGGGAGUGAAUCCCAGCUGUGUGACCUUGGGCAUGUAAUUUUGCCAUCCGUUGACUCAGUUUCCCCAUCUAAAACACUGUGUAAGGCUCCAGACACACAGCUGAUAAUGUGUUCUUCCUCUCUGGGCAGCACAUGGAGGGUUGGGCACCUCUGGGCAGAAUGUUGCCCCAUGGCCUGGCCUGCCAUCCCCUCCUCUGCAGAGACCUAUCGGCGGCUGUAGAACGCCCAGUCAUGGCUUGGCCAGGAUGUUAUCAGCCAAGUCAAUGCUUUGGCCAAUGCCAUUUCCAAGGGGCUGAAGAGUCUGGGUACACUAUAGGUCACCUCCCUGCACCUCAGUUUCCUCACCUGUAAAGGGAUAUCACCUAGUAUGUAUGUAGGAAUUAAGGUAAUUCCUACUCCUUAUUUUAGAGCCCCCCUUGAGAGCUGGGGGCUUGUGACAAGUUAGACGAGCCCACCAAAAAGUCCCUGGCAGAGCCCAAGUUUGGCCUCCAGGGAUCCCCUCCUGACAGCCAGAGCAGCGGUAAGUGCCUCCACUGCCCGCAGCUCCUCCCUGACCCCCUUUCUGAAGCCCAUGGGCACCUGUCGCUGGCUGAGGCGUCCAGCUUCCUGGGGAUCCUAGAGAGAGUCCUGGUGAAGGAGGCAGCUCCCCUGGGGCGGGCUGCGCUGCCUGCUGUCGUGCACUUCCUGAGGAGGGUGACGGCCCUCACGGCUGGGGAGCCAGAGCCCCAGACAGGACCCUGGGAGCAGCUGGGCCAGGGCGUCGUAUCUGUGGUCCUGGAGGAGCAGCUGGCUUGUACGUGGCUGGCAGGCAAUGAGGUGAGGCUGGCAGGGCUGGGGGGUAGGGGCCUGGGUGCUGGUUCCAACCUUGCCACCGGUUUGUUGUGCAGCUAUGGACGGGUCAGCACCUAUCACUGGGCUCCAGCUCUCCAUCCAUCGAGAGAAACUCUUCUUUUGUCCACUUUGCGGUUGGUGGGUCCAUGACCCUGGUGGCAAGUGUACAGCACCUGCAUCCCUGCUGAGCACCAUGCUGACCUCUGAGCAGCCCCAACUGCACAUCCAGGACCACUGAGCCGGUGAGCCUGCAUCCACCCAUUCCACACAAUUGGGCUCUGGGCUCAGACAUCUCUCCUCUGGUCACUGGGAGCUCUCCGCACUCCCACAGACACUCCAUUCUGUUUCCUGCCUUUGCCCUUGCUGUGCCCUCCAACUAGAAUGCCCUUUCUCCCUUCAUCUCCUAGCAAACUCCUGUACAAGCUUCAGAACCCUGCUUGAGCACCAACAUCUCUAGGAAGCCUUUCUGGUUUUAGCUCUCUCCUGACAGCUCCUCCCUCCUGUCACCCCAGUGUCUUGAACAUACCUCUUAUUGCAUUUGUGGUAAUUACACAAUUUCUCCUGUAGCUCGCUGAGUGCCAGGGCUCUCCAUCUGAGUCAUUUCUGCAUCUCAGGGCC